UCUCUCUCUCUCUCUCUCUCUCUCUUUUUGAUAUAUUAUUGUUGUCAUUUGUCGAACAUACAGUUUAAAAACGAUUUUUCGCAAAACGCGAGCUUCAUAAACGGAAAGCUUUACGAUAUAGCUUAGAUUAUUUUCCGAGGAAAUUUCAGUGGCUUUUUUAUAUAACAAAAAAAAAAAACAAAGCUGUGACUACAAACCUGUUCAACCGUGUUUUUUUUAACUACUAGGAAAUGUUGAAAUAUUUAACAUAUUAAACAACAACAAAAAUUCAUAAAUAAGCAACAACACAAAUUCUAUCUCUCUCUGUGUGGCACUAUAUUUUUGGCUCGGACAUCAGUUUGCGAAUACAGUUUGAUACAAGAUGAAUUUCAUAGGUGCUGUUGGUGGUGGUGACGAUGAUGGCGGUGAGGACAACAAAGAAAAGGCAGAAGAAGAGGAACGAGAACGUCUCGAAGCCAUUCGUGAGGCUGAAGAACGACGAAAGGAAAAGCAUCGAAAAAUGGAAGAAGAACGAGAAAAGAUGCGCCAAGACAUCCGAGAUAAGUACAACAUAAAAAAGAAAGAGGAACAAGUAGAACAACAACCUCAAGAGGAGCCGAAUCCACUAAUGCGGAAGAAGAAAACACCCGAAGAGCUUGCAGCCGAAGCGGAGCAAGAGGAUCUAGAUGACUUCACAAAAUUGAAGAACACAAUAGAGAGUCAAGUAAACGAAAUAAAAACGCAGCUGGAGAGUAAAUGCGUAUUGCAGUGAUAAGGUAAAUUAUGAACGAACAAACAAAAAAAAAACUGAAUUCGUACACAUGAAUUACCAACUGAAAGUGAUCGAAGUACGCUGAACGAUGCAAAUGGACGGCUACCGAAAAAAAAAAACAAACAGCAACAACAACAAAAACCAAUUUUGGUCGAUCGAUUGGAUGAACAAUUCUUAAAAGACAUUGCCACACAUAACACACAACCCUCACAUGGAAAACAAAAGAUUAGAAAAAAAAUACCAACAAAAAAGUAAAUAAAUAGUCUUUAUCUAUCAUACAUUCACAAAAAAACACAUGCAUCCACAGUAAUAUUGUUAUUGUUAUUACUUAUUAUUAUCAUUAAAACUAAUUCAAUAUAUACAACAACAUGAAACUAAAAAAAAUCAAUAUUAGUUCUAGCGAAUAAGGAGAACAAAAAAAAAAAAACAAAUAUAAAAAUAAGAUUUACUAGCAAAGAUAUUUACUGAAAAAGAAAUGUUGCAUGAUGCAUGACAUUUGUGGAAAAUCUAAAUAAAAAAAAUUAAAGCAAGUUAAAAAUUGUUAAAAUCAAGUGUCAUGGUCAUGUUGUUGUUAUUUUUGCAAAUUACAAGACAAAAAAAAAACUAAUAAAAUUUGAAAAUAAGAUCUUCAAAAAACUAAUAUAGAGGUAUCUAAACAAAAAAAAAAAAACAAACAAACAUAUAAAUUCCUUUAUAAUUUAAUCGAUUGAUAGUAUGAAUUCGCAUUGUAAUUUCAUUCGUUAGAUUUUUGUUUGCAUAAAAAUUGUUAACUUGAAACAGUGAACGAGACACGCCAAUUCCUUGUCGAGCAUUUAUCGUUUCCUUUGUAUAUAUAUGAAUUUUAAAAAAAAAAAGAGACAAAACCAAAUGACAAAAAAGGAAUAAGUAGUUGUUUUUUGUAAUUAUUUAUUUUGCUAAAAUACCAAUUAAUGAACAAAAAGUGUGGUAAGGAAAAAAAAAUACCAUCCGAAGGGAAUGUAAAUAAAGUGAAUCAAAUUGUUACUAGGUGAAACAAAUACCGGCGCUUAGGUCCGAGAGCGAUGAAGCAUUUUAAUUUCCGUUCAAUUUGUUUUUCAGUUGUUUUUGUCUUUUGUUUUUUUUUUUUUUUUUCCUAAAAAAGAAAAAAUUAACAAAAAUGAUUCUAGUGAAAUAAAAAGAAACAGUAUUUGUUCAGUUUUGGUGGUGUGUGCUUCAAAUGUAAAUCGAUUGAUGCGAGAAAUUAGAAUGAGUCAUCAUGAGAAAAAGAAUAAAUAUAAAUGAAUAAAAUGAACUAAAACAUAUGAAUAGUAAAAUACGGAGCAAUGCGAAAUAGACGAAAAUGGGGAAACGAGAGAGAGAAAGAGAAUAAAAUUAGUGCGAGCAAAAAAAAAAAAAGAGUUCAAUGGAAUCCAAAUAAACGCUGCAUACAUAAUCCAAUAUCGAUGGGUUUGUGUAAAAAUGGUUCCGCAACGUCACAGAAAAUUAAAAGAGAGAAAAAAAAAACACGAAAGAAACAAACAAAAAGCAUAAAUGAGAAAACUCGACAUUCGGUAGCAUUUAGAUGCAUCGGAUUGUUCCUACGACUUGCAAAUUGUAUCGUCUGACACAAAUAGAAAAUCCUAUGUGCGAUCAACGAAAACGCAGCUCAAGUCAAAUAAUUGCAGAUUUUAUAUUAACCGUCGAUUAAGGGAUGCAACAGCUACUCUAUGGAAUUCCAUUUUGUUGAAUGCAAUAAUUUCCUUUUAAUUAAAUGAUUAUUCAUUAUCUCGUCGUUUGAACGGAUCGUGCAUUCGAUUCCAUGAUUGUGUGCGUCUUUACGACGAGAUGCUAAUAAGAUGCAUUUGUUAUAGAUUUAUCAGUAGGCUACUUGGAUUUAACCAUGCAAACGUGCAGCGACAGCAGCAGCAUCAAAUCGUUUGCACUAGUUUAAUGUCCAGCGCCGCCGUGAUACUGUAUAACUUAGUUUUUCCAUACCAAACCGAUGUGUUAACUGCCGUUGAACGGAUUCUAGUGAGUUGUUUUGGAUAAAAAAAAAAAAAACUUAAUCCAAACACACGUACGCAUACACACAGACAAACACUUACAAAGUCAAAAGAGAAGAUGUGUGUCUAGGGCCCAGACUCUGUGCAAUGCAUAAUUCUCCGUUUUUAAAAUUCAAACCAGUUCAGCAUCAGUUGAUAAGAUGCAUUUUAUUCGGAUGAGGAACAAAGACAUUACAAAAAAAAAAGAUGUGAAGGCAUACAAUAAAAACUUUUAUUUUAUAUACCUUAUGAUGAAAAAGUAUCUGCUUUUAUGAAAAGCGUAUGUGAUAUUCAAAAAAAAAAUGCGUAUCUCUGAAAUAGUAAAUGACACUGACUACAAUCAAGCAACAGAAAAAAGAAAUGAACAUGAAAUCAAGUGAAUACUAACUUAAUAUGCAUUUAAAUUAGGAACAACACCAAAAAAAAAAGGAAGCGCUACCGAGUCUAAACAUAUUUUGUUCAUUUUAUUUCAAACCGUACAUGAUGAACAGUUAUACAAAUAUAUAUUGCAACCAACCUAAUAAAGCAUGUAGACAGAAGAACAAACAAAACAAUACUGGAGGAAACCAUAGAUUUAUUUUGCUAUUCUUCGAUUUUUUGCAUUCACUUUCAUAAAACAUUAAAUUUAUUAAGAAAAAUUCAGUCAGCAGCAGUGGCUUAACGACUGCACUGUAAAUGGCCAUACAUAUACACACUUAGAUCUCUUUUUCUUUUCAACUUGCGUACACAUUUUCCACUUCCGAUGGGCUAGCUUUAUAUACAUUCUCAUCCACCAUCCAAGACACAUCCGAUUUCUUUCAUUUCGGUUCCCAUUCGACAGUUUGGGAGCAUCUAGAAAAAUCAAAUGUACUAUUUCAAAUUCUUACCAUUCUAAUCUUGAUGCAACAAUGCUAGCUAGCAUAUUGUUCAUUUUCAACCGUAGACUUUUCUGCCUCAAAUUCGUCUGUCCGAUUACAUCGUAGUUAAUUGCAUUCAUUUUCAGAAGAAGAAGAAGAAGAAGAAGAAGAAAACACGGAAAGGAUGGAAUAGAAAAAUAUAUUUUUCUAAAUAAUAACAACUCAACUAGGCUAUCAAAGGAAUCCAAACCAAAACAACAACAAAAAUGAAAACUAAUCAAACUGAAACUAGACGUGAUCAUUCAAUCAUCGCAUACAUUUUCAUGCCCGAAAGUAAAUAUGAUAUUUUGGAAGAACAAAUCUAUUACGAUACAAAAGAAAUAGAAGCGCUUGCACCGUUUUCAAUGGCAACGCAUUGUAUUCGACUGUUUUCAGUUGUGCUGUGUGCUAUGCAAGACCACAUGCAACAAAAUUGAAAAGCCAAUACACAUUAAUACAUUUUCACCGGCAUUUUGUUCGGAAAGCGGCAUUUUUUUUUUUUGCUCUUGGCAUCUCAUCCUUCGAAUUCGAAUCGCAACUAUGAUGAUGGAGACACGACCGAUCCAGUGCCAUGCGCCAUAAUCGGUUGCUAUGAUGAAUACAAACUACGUGUACAUUUAUAUGGCACACAUGGCAUUUUUCCAAGUUUUCCAAAAAAAAAAAAAUAAACAAACAAACAACAUACAUUGAUUACACAACCGUCAGUAAUAUAUUUUAGUAAAUUAUUGAAACUGAGAAAAACUGAUUAGUACAUCAAAGCAAUAUAUAAACAGAGCAAAAACAAAACGAUCGAAAAGGAUGUAAUGUGGACAUUAUUUUAUUUUUCUAUUUCUUAUUACUAUUUGAAGCUAGAUGAACAGUGGUCACAAACGUAUCUAUAGAAUCUAAUGAGUGAAAUAGCUAAAUGAAUAAAAACGGAACACAAAACGAAAACUAGUAUUUAGAAGCAAGCCAAAGAUGAUGAUUGGGAAAGUUUACAACAACAACAACAACAAUAACCACAACAACAACACAGAACACAAAAGAUUUAAAAACGCAACAUUCAAAACUGCAAUCAGCCUAAUAAGCUUUCACAGUAAACUAAAGUUAGCCACUAUUUUUUAGAGGUCUUUAAACUUAUCUUAAAAACAAAGAAAAGACAAAUGGAAGUCAAAUUUGGAAAAAAAUGCGAGUUUCGAGUCAAGUCUUAAACUAAUGAAUUCAAGUACAUCGAGAGCAAUUUUACAUUUUAUGAACAAUCAAAAACCAAAAAAGAGAAAUGAAUAACUACCCUAAACCAAAAGCUGAAGCUCAAGCCAAACCAAAAAUAAAAACUGAAGCAACAAACACAACGAAUGACUUCAAAAAAAAAUCAAGGGAAUCUAAAUUGUUUAACAGGAACCACAAGCAAAUAAUACGCAAAAAAUGAACUUUUGCCAAAAAAAAAAAAAAAAAAAUGGAACUCCAAUGGAAUUUCUGAUAGAGGCGAAAUGGUUGCAAUUUCAAUCGGACCAUUUUUUGCCGAAAAUACCGAAACAGUUGAUAAAAUGGGAACCUUCUGACGACCGAUCCAUCACAUCCCGCUCGCAAACUUUGUGCUUUGUUUCACACAAAUACAAACUGUUUCAACUAAACAAAUAAACAAACAAAAACAUUAAGGGAAAUCGCAGCACAUAUCACAUGAUUGUUCAUAAAAUUGACACCAGACUCGAAAUACUUUUCAAAGAAUCAAUCACUUUAUUUUUUUCUCUGCUCUAUCUCUCGAUAGUUGUUGCACUUAGGUAACGUUGAAUUAAAACAACAUAACAAACAUAAAAAGGAACAAAGAAUAAUUCUAACAAAAAUACUGAAGAACUGUUUUAUAAAAACUUAAGAAAAAUUGUAGGAUAUGCACGAGUGUGUGUUUCUCUGUUUGAUUAACAACAACAACAACAACAAAACAAAUGGAUAAGUGACUUACUUAAUAAGGAAGAAUCAAUGCAAAAGCAAGGCAUAACAUUUUCUUUAUCGAUUUUUGUUUUUUCUUUUUGGUAAUUUCAAACAAUAACAACAGAAGAACCAUCAUUCAUUCGGCAAACAAACAAAAUUUAUUUUCUAUUCUCUUCGCAUAUUUCCUUCUCCUUUCUUCUUAGCCGGCCGCCCGCCGCACGAACAUACAUUCAAGCUAUGUGCUUCUGACUCUGAUUCGCAAUGAGACUAACAACAACUCAACAGAAUCACCAGCAAAUUUCGACAAAACACAGUGUUUUUUUGGCGAUUAUUUGUGAUUUAUGCAGUAAAUUUUGUAAUUGUCAAUUCAAGUCAGAAGUUCGUAGCAUUAUAAUUAAAGGACAAAGCAAAACGAAUAAAUUCAUCCCUUCCUCAAAUCUCGCUUGUUAUUUUAUAGAAUUUAUUACGUAAAUUUCACUGAGAAAAAAAAUGGAAUUAGCGCUAGCAAAAUCUAAAUUUUAAAUACAACAUGCAAGCAUAUAUUGCUAUCUAAUAGUAAACAGGAAAAAAUUUACUAUUAUCUUAACAAAAAAAAAAAAAAAAACUAUUUGAAACCAAAACGGAAAAAAAAUUAGAAAAAAUGAUAAAAACAACACUUAAGGAAAAAUGUUACUCAAGAUGAUAUAGAACAAAUAUUUAUCCUCUCGCAAACUCCAAAUUCUUCAAUUGAAGAGUUUAUAUUCUGGAACAUAUAAUACAGUAUAUAUAAAUAAGAUCUGGGAUGCUAUCGUCAACAUUGCGGAAGACUUCACCUCAAAAAAGAAGAAGAAUAAAUUCUCCUGAAAUUUCUUUCGCUCACUUCUGUUCACUCAUGAUCCUUUUUCACUUUUGUUCGGCCAUGACUGCCGCAAUGGUAUUCACCCAACUGAAUGCUUGCAUCGAGAAGGAUUUAUGGCAUUUGACUGAACAAUAUUUUGAUCACUGCGCACUUUCAACUAGUAAUAGAUUAGGCACAGGGUUCAGAAUAAAUACAGAACGCAAGCUCCCACGUAAAAUAUGUGGUCUGUAGUUUUAGACAAAAUCGAUGUGAAUCGAUGAACGGCCGUUGUCCAAAGGAUUGUUUUCAUUGUAUUUUGCUUUUGAACCGAAGUAGUAGUUCUAUUGCAUAUUCAAUUCUGACGUUGAGUACGCCAAGUAUGCAUGCUCACAUAUGAAUAGAAAAAUCUUUCCAAAAAAUAUUCUUCUAUGGGUGUGUGGGUCUACUGUUUGAAGCGAAAACAUCACGUACCCGAGGCACAUUUUCACAGUUAGUAGAAGAAUUUCAACGGUCGAUGGAACAUGUCGCCUCUACUGACAACUAUAUCGAUUAUUCUUAAUAUAAUUUUUAUUCUCAAAUACGAUGCAAAAUAGAUGCCCGCAUUUGUCCAUCAUAAAUAUAUCCACUGCCUUAGAAAGAAAAAUAAUGAAGAAAAAAAAAAACUUAUACGAAUACUUCCCUUGCAAUGCUCAUGUUAAAAGUUCAAGCAUCGAUUUUAUCAGUGUGUCGAACAUUUCGAAUGGUUGUUCCGAUAGGAUGUCUGCUCCAUUUGGUAACAAGUGAAGCAUUCUUUUUUUUUUUUUUUUUUCAUUUUCGUUAGAAAUCAUAAAAUGGUUGUCAGUGUGCAGAUAUUUCGAUAUCGAUGACCGAAGCGUUCAGAGCGACAGACAGAUAAAUGCGUUUAAUACACGCAGAAGAACGACAUUUUGCUACAUGAAAUUUAUGAUAUGCAAAUUACAAGUAGGUAAAUUCGAUGUUUUCAAAUCCUCCGGUUUCAAAAUUUCCAAAAAAAAAAAAAAAACUAGAGAAGUUUAUUGUAACUCGUUGUUGUUAUUGGAUUUGGAAUGUUUCGAGCGAAGCUUGCGCACGCGGCUAUGUAAUCGAAACAACAAAGAUUUAAAAAAGAAGAAGAAAACACAACAUAUUUAUUAUCUAUUUCGAUGAAUGCGGUUUCAGUUCUUGCGUCCUUAAUACCCUAUUAUAAUGUAUCAAGAAAAAACACACACACAAAUUAAUUAAACAAUUAGUCAACUUCUGAUAUGAUUGCCCACUCAUUCGUCGAUUUGUGUUUCAUCGCAAGUCGACUCAUUUUUCUUUAUUUCUGCUAAUCAAGUUCACACAAUCGCUGAUAGCAUGGCUCUUUCGCGAAUUUUCGAUGAAAACAUCCAAAAAUAUGAGAAAUGACGAUGACGUAAUUCGAUUUACAGUAAAAAUAAAUUGAUGAAUGAAUGACGCAAUAUUAUCGUUUAGAUUAGAUUUGAGUUUCUACAAUACACGUUUGGGUCCAACUAUUACUGCUUUUUUUUUUUUUUUUUAACAAACACCGAAUAAAAAUUAUAUAGUUGAAAAUCAUUUAUCCUCCCUCUUUCAAACACUUGUUCACGGAACGUACAUUGAAUAUCUGUAAAUGUUUCUGAAUCAUAUCAUUUGAUAGAAAACAAAUGAAAACCCGAUUCGAAUAGAGCUCUCGAUAUUUACAUAAAAUAUUCGUACUUGUUGAAUUGAAUUUUAGGAGCUUCCAUUUACAAGUUCUUUGAUAAUAUAAUAGAAAGAUUAUGGUUUACUUGUUCGUUUCGUUUUCUUUUGUCGACACAGCCGAAACACAUAAAUUGCAUGUCGUAAUUGUUUUUUUUUUUUUUUCGAUAUCCUUCUAUCACUUUUAAUUUGAAUGUAGGAAUUAGUUCAAAGCCAUUUAAUUUCAAUUUUAUUCCUAAAUCCAUUCGAAAAAUUGAUUUGUUUCUAAGUUUCAAGUAGCUAGCAGUCAUACAAACGGUGAAUUGUUUGUUUAGGAAACUUAACAACGAAUCCUUAGACAUUUAUUAUUACGUUUGUAGUUGAACAUAUUAGAAAAAAUAAAUAAAUGAAAAAGUAAAAAUAAAAGUGCAUAAACGAAUGAAACAUGCAAGAAAGCACAGGAAUUUUCAAAACCCUAACAUAAAACCUUUACCUUAAAUAAAAUAACUGAAAUCAACAAAAAAACAACAAUAACAAAAAAUGAAUUAGUGUUUAAACCAAAAUAAAGAUUUCGAAACCAAAUAACAACAAUUUACAGAGUAAACGACAACAACAGCAAUGUCUUAAAGAUCUGAUUCCAUUCAUAACUUCAAAAUACAUUAGAUACGAUCGCAAAAUCAUUAUCUCUUGGAUUGAUCGAUCUCCAUUACCAGUCUAUGUACCAAAUAAAGUUAAUCAAACAAUCUAAACAAAAAUAUUAAAUUAAACCCGAAUGAAUAGAAAAACACACAAAGAAAUUCAUGAUACAACGUUAGUAAAAAGCCCUUAAAUGAAUUUAAUUGCGGUGCAAAAAUCGAAUUCCAAAUCCACCGCGUGCAUUAGAAUCCAGCUAAAAUGCAUUUACUUUAUUGAUCAUAUAAAUUAAGAUACAUUAAUUACAUACUAAAUCUCAUAACGAAAAAUGCACGAAAAUGCUGAUUCUUAUUUGUUUUUAGCCAAUGUUCAUCAGAAAACCAUGAUUCAAAUAAACACACACACACACACAUACGACAAAAUACAAGACCUGUUACUAAGAUGCUUGACUAGCAUUCUCUCACUGCUUUUGCCACUGAAUGAACUAAACCAGAAAAAAAAACACACAUAUAAAAAAAGAAUCAACAACAGCCAUAUGAACAUUUUAUUUUGACAACCAUUUGGGUUUUUGCUAUAUAUUUGUUGAGUAAUGGACGAAAAAAAUAAAUAAAUGAAAAGUUGAAAUAAAUCUCCAACCCUUUAAAGUACCGAUUAGUGCUCUGUUCGCAAUAUGAUUCGUGAAAGUUUUAGACUUUUUUUUACGACUGGUAGUUUUCUUACUGUGAUUGUUAUGUCAAAAAAAAAAAAAAUUUGUUGAAUGGUUGAGUUUUUAUCUUAUUUUAAAUGAAACAAAAAAUAAUAAUGAAAAGUUACCGAGAGAGAGAGAGAGAGACACAAUCGAGAAACACAAGAGCAAAAAUGUUAGGAAAAAAACAUGGAGUUUAUCACAUUUAGGGAAAUGAAAGCUGUGUAGAACGGUUCUCAAGCUUUUCGACAGCCCAUCCAAAAUUUUAACACCUCAACUCACUCUUACUUAACUUAAGGUUCAUCUAAGCUUAGUUAUCGCUUUAUUGUUUUACCAACUGAAAAGAGAACAACAACAACAACAACAACAACAAAAGCCGUUUUAUCGGAGAUUUCGAAAUGAUUUUUUUUUCGACAUAUCCAUCUUUGUUUUUGCUUAGUUGCGUGUGUGUAUGUAUUCUUUGCUAGAAAUUAGAGCUCGCAUAAUCCUAGAAGAAAAACAUACAAAAAAAAAACUCCUUUUACAAGUAUUAAAUAUAAACAAAAUGUUCAAUAUAAUUUAAAAAAAAAAAUCAAGCCAAUUAAGAAGAAUUGGCGAAGAGGCGUUGUUUGAAUGCGCUCAAAGAAUGUGGAAAUUAUUUGCAAUCCAGAACGAAACGAUAUAUUUUCCUCUGAAUUGAAUUUCAAACGAAAUCGACCAAAUAUUUAAUGACAACAACACAAAAAAUGUAACAAAACAAAAAGUAAGGAACCGCAAAAAAAAACACUUUUAUCUUUCGUCUUUUACUUACAUUUUCCUUUAGUUUCGAUUACACUAUUCAUAAUGAGAACAAUGCUGAAAAACAAGAUCCAGACAACACUUUAUGAUUUGCGUUUGAUGGACAACCACAUAGGAUACGUUUAUAUCAUUUUCAUUUUGUUUUAUUUUUGUGAUCACAAUUUACCGUUAGUGUAAUAAUUAAUUGGUGCCUUUUGUUAGAGAACAAACAUAAAGAAGCAUAUAACUACAGCAAUAUUUAGAGAAGCAACAACUUAAAAAGGCAAAAAAUAAACCAAAAACAAACCAGUUGAUAGUAGUACACAUCGAAUAAAACCAAAGCAAAUUUAACAGCGAGUUCAUCAAAUUUUCAUAGCAAUUUUGAAUUGAUGCAAAUAAUAAAAAUAAAAAAAAGACAAACAAACAAAAUCGUUCGAAUUUCUGAAAUCAUCGCAGGCGCAUGCGAAAAUAGAUGGAUGCAACAGACAGAAUCAUUAUUUCAUGUGAUUGAGACGAGUGAACAAAAAAUGCGAUCCAGAAAUAAGGAACUAGAAACAUUUCAAUCGCAGAACCAUGAUUUUAUUUCUUGUUUGAUGUAGUCAAUGAAGAUAGCAUUACAAUCGCAAAGAUAUUCUAAUAUAUCCAACCGAAAAGAAACACCCAAUUUACUUAAAGAAUAAUUGGCAUACAAAAGAGAUUUUAUAAAACAUAUUAUAUGGGCUUUAAUCGAUAUUAUAGUCAACAGCAUCAAUUCAAGUAAAAAAACACACACACACUGGUUGUUUGUAAUGAGCCACUAACCCCUCUAACCUUACCUCCAGCAAACAAGAAGAGAGACGAAAAUGACAUGUAAAAUUACAUAGACUCGCUUAUAAAAUUCCCAAUUAGAGAGCCUCAAGAACAUUUUGAAUGAUUAAUUUUUGAAUAAGUGUUUCAAAAUUUACCUUUCACGUUAGUUUUUACCAUUUUUGUUCAAUUUGUUCAUUAAUUUUUAAUUAAAUAAAAAUUAUUGGACAAUAUCUUCAAAAAGCAUAUGCAAUAACAGUUUUUAUAAAAAAAAAAAAACAAAAUUAUGAAGGAACAACUAACGUUAAUCUCGGCUUAAUUUUCGAAACAACAACACAUCUAUUCAUUGAAUGGUGCCAACCAUUGAUUGAAUAUUUGUGUGCGCGAACAAAAAUGAUCGAAAAUAAAGGCAUAACAACUCAUGCCAAGCAGUAAUACAAGUCAAAUGACAUCCACAAUAAUAAAAGAAAACAACCACAACAACAACAACAACAGCAACAGCUCACAUAAAAAGAAACAAGAAGAGAAAGAAAAAAAAAACAUGAGAACUUCGUGGAAUGGAUUUGCGAGAGGUAAAUUUAUAUCGGCACUUUGUAAUAAUAAUUGUUGUUAUCCUUAUAUAUAUAAAUAGUUAACUAUUGUUUUGAAAAAAAUUGAAAGAAACAAAAAAAAACUGUUUAGUAUGUUAUAAUCACAUUAGAUGCAUUAAAGUGUCUGUUAAAAUGAAAUACAAAUAAAAUUAAAUGAAUUGGA